GCCAACUUCUCCGGCAUUCGCCGUUUCCGAUUCCGGCGAUGAACCACCCCAUCUCCGGCGCCGACCGCCCCUUCCCUCCGGGACCCGCCCCCGCCGCCGGCAAUGCCGCCGCCGCCGAAGACCCCCGCGUCCCGCCGCUCCUGAGCCUCGCCGCCGUCCGCCUGAGGCUGGACUCGGUGCGGCGGCUCCUGUCGCAGUCCCUCUGCAGCAACACCCUCCUGAGCAAGGACCAGAUGGACAUGGUCUCCGCGGAGAUCACGUCGGCGAUCUACCGGAUCAUCGUCGACGGCGCCGCCCUGUUCAGCUCCUCUCGCGGCUCCGGCUCCGAUCCUGAGCCGGAGCGCUCGUACCCGAAGCUGCCGGUGAAAGCCGAGACGGACGAGGUCGGGAUCGAGCUCGAGCUCGACCCCGAGUCCGAUUGCGAGAUCGUGGAGCUCAACGCGGCCAAACUCCUCGCCGAGCACGCCCACUUCUGCGACGUCUGCGGGAAGGGGUUCAAGCGGGACGCGAACCUGAGGAUGCACAUGCGCGCGCACGGCAAUCAGUUCAAGACGCCGGAGGCGCUGGCGAAGCCCGAGAGGUGCGCCGACGUCGCCAGCGCCCCACGGAAGACCCGGUUCUCUUGCCCCUUCGAGGGGUGCAACCGGAACAAAGGGAGCAACAAGUUCCGGCCCCUGAAAUCGGUGAUCUGCGUGAAGAAUCACUUCAAGAGGAGCCACUGCCCGAAGAUGUACUCGUGCAACAGGUGCAACAAGAAGAGCUUCUCGGUGCUGGCCGACUUGAAGAGCCACUCGAAGCACUGCGGGCAGUCUAGGUGGAGGUGUUCCUGCGGGACCACCUUCUCUAGGAAGGACAAGUUGUUCGGGCACAUGGCUCUGUUCGACGGUCACAUGCCCGCGGUCGCCGGAGAUCAUGAGGAGAAGGCGUCGGCAUCUGGGGUUGUUGCUAUGGAGGAUGAUGGAGAUGAAAAUGCCAAGGUGGAGGAGGAGGAAUUGGCUGCGAAUUCAGUUGAUGGUGGUUUCUUCGAGGGGUUGCUUGAUGUGUUUGGAUCGCUUGAUGGCUACACCAUUCAAGAUCUCUUGAAUGGGAUGGGCAAUGGUAUGCAGGGGUUUCCUGGGGUUCAACAUUAAUCUGGUGGAUGAAUUUAUGUUUCGUGGAUUGUUGUACACGAUGUUUCUGUAAUAAUAUCGUAGGAUGAUUCUGUCUACGGUUGUGUUUGUUAUCGUUACUAAUGUUGAUCAUCGUAGCAUUUGUGCUUACCUGGUCGUUUCUUGAUUUGCAAUAAAGUUUCUAUCUUUACUUAGCACA